AUGUGCGGUUUUGGAGAUAAAGAUCGCCGUCCAAUCGAUCCUCCACCCGUUGUUAGGCUUCUCGUAUCUACUGACGAUGGAACUCCUAUACCUGAAAGUUCUGUCGAUCAUUCUAUGAUGAUCGUGCAUGCUGGUUUAUGGUCCGAAAGUUGCACGGAUGAGCGCAGCUUGGUAAUAAAUCCUUCCUCAAUCCCCACACAAUCAACUGGUCCCAGUUCUACCGUCAUGUCACUAAACGCUCCUUCAUGCACCCGAAAUCUUAUGGGUCAUUGCACUUCUUCCGCAUAUGUGCUCACUAAUGACUUGGGUCAACAAGGAAUUUAUUUCAUAUUCCAAGACCUAUCCGUACGUACCGAAGGGACUUUUACAUUAAAAUUUUCGUUUUGUGAUGUAAAGGGUCUGUUAGUUCGAUCGCUCAAUGGAUAUACUAAUAGUCGAGGGAGUGUCGCAGCUGAAGUGUACAGUGAUCCUUUUAAGGUAUAUUCUGCAAAAAAAUUUCCCGGAAUGACAGUCGUUGCUGGAUCCUCAUCUUCGGCCGUACCAAUUACAACGAUUAGUGACCCUGAAAAUAUAACCGAGCAUCCAGGUAAUGAUGAGAAACGUAGUCGUCAAGAACUUUCUGAUAAUGAUGCUGAUUCGAUUAAGGAUUCUGAGGAAGGGAAAGGUAAAUCUGUUGAAAAACGACGUCGUAAGUCUAGAUAA